AUGGAGCACCACCACUAUAUGACCUUCCGCCCCGUCUCGGACCAGGAACGCCGCGGACCCAGCAGCUACGAGGAGCUCAUCGCCGACGUCGCGGGCGGCAACACGGCGGUCGUGCGGUGGACGCACAAGCCGGACGACUCCGACUUCGACGACGCCGUCGCUUUCGAGACGAUCCGCCGCACGCUCCGGAGCGGCGAGGACAACGACCCGCGGCGCCUGCGCAAGGUCGCCGUCGACCUCGCCGCGCUGCUUCCCGCGCACGGCCGGCCCUCGGACGCCGUCCUGGGCUCCCUAUGGGCGCUGUUCGUCUCGCUGGCGCGGCAGACGCCGUCGGGCAACAUUGCGAUGCUGGACCUGGUCGUCAUACUGGACCACCUCGCCUCGUCCCCGAGGACGACGGCGACGGUGACAGUAGACGGCCUCGAGCAGCUGAGUCGUCUCCACGGCCUGGACAAGUGCAUCCGUGAGAGCAUGGCUUCACCCUACCAGUCCCCCGACAGAAUGGACACGCUCGCGCGCUGGAUCAACCUCAACGCCUUCGCCGCCCUCCUGUGGUCCUACAACCUUGUCGACGGCCGCGACUUCGCCGUCCGGCAACUCCGCGCCGCCUUCGAGGACCGCCGCUCCUCGGACGCCGCGGACAGGGACGCCGCCGACGCGCGGCUCAUGGCCGCGGCGCAGUGGGCCAUCCACCCGUGCCAGCGGCUGUACCACCUGUCCGUGACGUCGGAAGCGACGCCGUCGCCGUCCGGCAAGGGGGCGGCGGCGGCGUCCGUCGUGGCCGACGAGAGGUGGAAGGCCGGGCCGCGGUUCCGGGGCCGCGCCGGGUUCUCGUUCCGGCGGUGGGAGUUCUGGCAGCAGGCCUUUGACGAGGCGCGCGAGUUCGGGGGCGGCAGCAUCGAGGCCAAGGUCGAGGCCGGGGCGGCGGCGGGCAUGAUGGAGCAGGUUCUCUACGCCGGGUUCGAGGUGUAA